AAAAGUCCAUAAAUAAAAGGCCAGACUGACUAAACUUCACCUUUACACUUAUGCCCUUAAAGGAGCUAUUUGUCAGUUUAGCUAAUGCUACAUAGCCAACAUUAGCAUUAACAGCUGUUAAUUUACCAGCUUGUGUUAGCUGACAUUACAGUACAUUGUAGCAUGGCACAGAUAAACAUGAUAAAGGCUUGAAAGGAACUGCCUCGAGAGGAUCUUGGGAAAUUAAGGCAAAUUCAAUGUGUGAUCAUCCUGUAGUUACCAGUUGUGGCCACAAAAGUAAUGUAAAUAUGCCAAAUGUUUGAUCUCUUCUGCUGACGACAGCCAGGGAUGGAGACAUUAUGUUUUCGGGUUGUCCAUUCGACUGUCCGUACGUCUCUACGUCUGUACAUCCGUCUUUACGCUCGUCCCAUUCUCGUGAACGCAAUGGCUCAGUAAUGCCUUGAAGGAAUUUUUUUAAAUUUUGCACAAAUGUUCACUUGGAUUUAAGGAUGAACUGAUUGGAUUGAGGAGGUCAAAGGUUACGGUGACCUCACAAAACACAGUUUUGGCCUCGUGAACGUGAUAUCUCAGUAACGCUCAGAGGGAAUUUGUUCAGAUUUGGCACAAAUAUUCUCAAAGACAUUAUCUUCAUCAAACUAAAUAUAAAUAAAUGAAUAUUUGAAAAGAAAUGUAUUAAUCAAAAAACUUGUUUAUAGGAUAUGCAACAUAUGUCAACAGCACAACUUUUGGCUCUGGUGCCAGAUAAACAUCCCAUACCACCAGGCUUUACAGACCUCUCUGAAGUCUGUAUUGUUUCUCUGCUCACUUCAGUGAGGAAGCUCCUCAUCAGCACAGUCAAGACCAGCAGGUCACUAAGUUGUAACGUGGUGCCACCAUGUGGCCUUACAUACAUGGUUUCUCUCACAUGCAUACAGCAUGUAUAUCAUAACAUUAUCAGCACUAUAGCAAAACAUUUAAUGAAGGACAUAUUACAUUCCUGAGAGCUCAUAUGAAAAUCUUAAUUAUAUGCACUACAUUUGCAAUAGUUAAAGACCUAAGUUUGUAACGUGCUGAAUCCUGAGCCUGUUUAACAGCUGAACCAUUUGAAAAGUGCACGAUUGCUCAGAAGUUUUUCCCUGCGAGGCCUGUUUAAGUACAAAGAACAGUGUGAGAGAGGCGCCUCAGGUAGUGUUGCAAACUGAUAUUGUACCGUCCCAAUACAGAGACAUGGUUUAGGAACAUGGUUUAGGAAUUUUUUUAAUUACAUUAUAAUUUAAUUACAUUAUAAUUGCACCUAAAGGAUGGGGCACCUAAAGGGUGCAAUUAUAGGGCUUAUUUCUUAAUAACAAUGAGACUGUGAAUGUUUAAGAGCCAUAGUCAAGGGUAUAAAGAUGGAAAGAGCGGCUUGGCUACUGUAAUAGGAUCAGCACCCCUCAUACUCCCACUCACAUCAGCCUUCAUUACCACUAGCUUUGAGCUGGAUUACUGUGCCUGGAGGUGAUGCUUGUUUACUGUAUAUGGUGAUGUGUUUGGGUGUUUUGCUGAUGCAUGUAAUAUAUGUGCUUUACGUUCUCCAGCAGUGAACUGACUCCAUACAUCCCUCUCGGUUUUACUUUAUAAUCUGACUCUUGCAUCAAAUUAUACCUAUAUUCUCUAUUUCUGUCAUUUAUCUAGAACAUACUGAUUUUAUUCCUCACAAUAUCCAGUAAAAUCCCAAAAGCGUUAUAAGUAUGAAAUACAAUUCAGUACAUACUGUAUGGCUGCAGCAUUUCAUGUAAUAAAUAAAGGCACAGUAUAUAACAAUAUAUAAUAGUUUUAUCAAAGAAAAUAUCAAUGUUGCUUUUUCUCGCAGUGUUUUCUCUUAUGUCUCAGUUUUUUAAUUUUAUUACCACUUCCCUGUUUGUCUGCCUCUCUCCAUCUCUCAGUCACUGUGAAUCCUCUUAGAGGUGGAUUAUGGGACUAAGAUACAGAGAGAGCGAGACAGUGAGAGAGAGAGAGAGAGAGAGAGAGAGAGAGAAAGAAGAUGAGCAUGAGGCUCACAGAGUGAGAGAGAAAGCGAUUCAGGAAGAGAUACAGAGAAGAGGGAGAAGAAAAUGGAGAGACCCCCUCAGCCUGAAAUGGGCCAGGAAUGGGGUUGGAGAUGGUCUGUAACCAGGGAAGAGCCAGCAGAGCCUGAUACACUCCGGAGUCCCACCCCCUUUCUCACACACAAUGCAGGGACAGACUAACCGAGUGGCAACAAUGUCUCUCCUGUCUUUAACCAACCCCCCGGGCUGGAGCGUGUGCUCUGCCCUCUGUAUCCUCAUCGUGUUGCUCCCAGAGGCCAAAGCAGACAACCUGAACACUACCACUCAGCGCAAUGGCGGGGGUUCCCAGUGUGGGGAGUACACUAACCAGGUGAUGGAGAACGGCAUGUGUCGGCUGGUGGCCACGCUGCCUCAGCUGGACGAGCAGAGAUGCCCGGAUAUGUUUCGCUGCACCGAUGAGGUUUCCUACUGGCUGCACGAGAACGAGGAGAGGAAACAGCAGAUUGUGGCGCUGAAGGAAACCAUCUCUGAGCUGCAGGAGGAGCUGAGGAACCACCGGCACCGCAUCAAAGUCCUCGAGCUGCAGAGUGAGGAGAGAAACCAUAUGAACAUCUCCUUGGAAGAGCGUUUUCAUGAGCUGGAGUUGCACUAUGCUGAAGCCACCACCCUGCUGCACCUUCAGGGCACUCUGAUCUUGGACCUACAGAACCAGCUCCAUAAUCUGACGCUUUUGGUGAAUAAAGUAAAACAAAGCCCUGGCUGUUUGAUCAACAUCGUCCGGCCCAACCCUCUCAUGAGUGCUCAAGAAGCCCUGCACCCAGAGAUUCAGCAUGUGAGGAACUGCCCCAUAGACUGUGCUUCUAUCUACUACAAUGGAGUGAGGAGAUCAGGCCUCUACACUGUAGUGCCAUCACUGGCAGGCAUGCCUGUGGAGGUUUACUGUGACAUGGAUACAGAUGGCGGUGGCUGGACUGUGAUCCAGCGGCGAGUUGACGGCUCGGUGAGCUUUGACCGCAGCUGGCGGGACUACAGGGACGGUUUUGGAGACCUGCACUCAGAGUUCUGGCUGGGAAAUGACCACAUACAUGACCUGAGCACCCAGGGAGACUACAGCCUCCGCAUCAACCUGGAGGACUGGACCAACAAGCAUAAACACGCCCUCUACCAGAGCUUCAGUGUGGACGAUGAGGAGCAUCAGUACCGUCUCCAUGUGUCAGGCUUCAGUGGCACGGUGCAGGACUCUUUCAGCUGGUACCACGACAAGCAGGGCUUCAGCACACCAGACAGUGGUAACAUCUGUGCUGAGAUCUCCCAUGGUGGCUGGUGGUACAACCAGUGCUUCUACGCCAACCUUAAUGGCGUCUACUACAGGGGAGGCCACUACACCCCUAAAGGACGGGGGCCGCUGGGUCCUGAUGGGAUCGUUUGGCACUCCUGGAGAGACUCUGACUAUUACUCUCUACGAAAGGUCAGCAUGAUGAUCCGCCCACGCAGCUUCAGAUCCCGUUUGUCACCCUGAACCACUGUCACCUUGACAACGGUUGGGACGCAGGAACAAUACUCUGGCAUUGGAGAUGACAUGGCUUCACACUGAUGGUGACAUCCACUGAUGUUUUUAUUGACAGAGCUCUACAAGAGGGAAGUGAAUGUGAACAACAGUCUUUGUAGUGAGUGAACCUUCUGACUAACCUGUGGAAAUGGCGUCUCCUCUCCUAUUUCUGAACUGAUUGUAUCUGCAAAUACGGCUGGUGUGCUUGAUAUUCCUCACAAAAUAUGGACUCAUUUUCUGCUGCAUAUUUUUGGACUCACACACUUUAAACUGUAGAGUUCUUUUUGGGACAUGGACAUUUUUCAUUCAGUCAUGGGAAGUGAGUUCUUCCUUAUUUUGUACUUCUAUUUUCUACCUUUAGUUUGAUACUUGACACACUUUUAGUAACUCCGCCAAAACAAAAAGGCAGAUUUUGUACGACUUGUUGACAGCAUGAAGGGGCUUGCAGUAUCAAACGCUGAGAGGAGGCCUGUACAACUGGCUGGCAGAGCAUGUGAGACGCCGUGGGCAUGUACUUUUUAUGACGUCUAUAUUUUGCCAUUUUCCAUUCACUUUGAAAUCCAGCCAACUAUGAAUUUAAUCAAAUGUGUAAAUCUCUAUUGUAAUAAGUGUAUUAACACUAUUAAUCAUUCAUGACAUAAGAACACUGAAUUGUAUUAGACAAAAAGACCCCAACCCUUUGACUUGAUAAGUGCUAUCGUCUCACUAUAUAGACUCAGACAGAGAAGAUGGAGGACUGUGUAUACAUACAUAUGUGCUGUGCAAUAAAGACUACAUGUUUCAUGUA